GUAUUGCGUCCGUGCGGGAGUGUCCAAGAAAUUCGGGCGCUCGGUAAACGAGAAUGAUAAGCAAUUCGUUUUGCUAGUGGAUAAUGUAGGUCGAAUACGAUUUGUUUUGGUGAACUGUUUGAUUCAAGUUGGUAAUUGAUGCUAGUGGCUGGAUUUGGCCUGGUGAUCAGUGAGAUAUCGGAUUUUGGCUGAAGUACAGUGACAGAAAAGUACUGUAAACAUUUGAUCUGUGACUGUGGCUAAGUCGUUUUUUCUAUUUGUUUUCUCGCGAUGGCGGAGGCUGCAGCAGCUGCCAGCACCAACCCCAAUGCUGAGAUUGUCAGGGGUCAGGUGUUCGAAGUCGGCCCCAGAUACAAAAACCUGCAAUACAUAGGCGAGGGCGCCUAUGGCAUGGUUGUGUCCGCAGUCGACAGUAUCAAAUUAGCAAAAGUCGCCAUUAAGAAAAUAUCCCCGUUCGAACACCAGACAUACUGCCAGAGGACACUUAGAGAAAUCAAAAUUCUCACCCGAUUUAAACAUGAAAACAUUAUCGACAUUAGAGAUAUAUUAAGAGCAGAGACCAUCGACCAGAUGAAGGAUGUCUACAUCGUACAGUGUCUAAUGGAAACGGAUCUUUACAAAUUAUUAAAAACACAGAAAUUAAGUAAUGACCACAUCUGCUACUUCCUGUACCAAAUCCUGCGGGGGCUCAAAUACAUCCACUCGGCAAACGUGCUGCAUCGGGACCUUAAGCCCUCCAACUUAUUGUUGAACACCACCUGUGAUUUAAAGAUUUGCGACUUCGGUCUGGCGCGAGUGGCAGACCCCGAUCAUGACCACACGGGCUUCCUGACGGAGUACGUCGCUACGCGCUGGUACCGCGCUCCAGAAAUUAUGCUCAAUUCUAAGGGCUACACGAAGUCAAUAGACAUCUGGUCUGUGGGAUGUAUCCUGGCGGAGAUGCUAUCAAACCGGCCGAUUUUCCCGGGAAAGCACUACCUCGAUCAACUGAACCACAUCCUGGGCGUGCUGGGCUCACCAAGUCAAGAAGAUUUGGACUGUAUCAUCAAUGAAAAGGCUCGCAGCUACCUAGAAUCGCUGCCGUACAAGCCUCGCGUCCCCUGGACGGAUCUGUUCCCGGGCGCGGACCCUCGCGCGCUCGACCUGCUGCACCGCAUGCUGACCUUCAACCCGCACAAGCGUAUCACCGUCGAGGAGGCCCUGGCGCACCCCUACCUCGAGCAGUACUAUGACCCCAAUGACGAGCCCGUCGCCGAGGAACCGUUCCGAUUCACGAUGGAACUAGACAAUCUGCCGAAGGAGACACUCAAGAAGUACAUAUUUGAAGAGACGCUACUGUUUAAACAGUUGAACGAAGACGCGUAGAUCUUCUUAUUAAGACUACGCUCCCCGAGCGCGAGGGGACGAAACGUGCAAACUCAACCCAAAGUAAUGAAAAAAGUAAAUUAAAUUACACUAGAUAGUUUGCUAUUUUAAUCCUUAGAGUAAAGGGAAAAGAUAGACGGUAAAUGAUAUGCUAGUUUACCUAGGACUGUAUGAAGCGGGAUAGAUUUCAAUAAAUGAAGCCGAUUUUCAAGCAGUGGCGCACGUGUGUUAAAUACUUGUCUGGCACACGGCAAGAUUAAUUUUUAUGGGGAUCGCAUAUCCAGCAGAAUGUGUUACGUUCGUAGCUUCUCAAAAUUCGAAUAAUUCCGUCAGAGACUUUAAAGUUGGCGUUUUGCAACUUAUAAGACGUCUGCGUCACGCUGCUUAACAUCAAAAUUUACAAUACGGCCAGAGUCGCACCCAAUUUACCGGAGAAAUGGGGCGAUAGAUGUGUCAUCAGCUUAAGGUGAAGGUUGCUAAGCGCAUAUUCGGUUCGGCAAAUUUUUAUUGAACAACAAAACCAAUAGGAUUUAACUUCUACAUAAUGUUCGACUUUCUUUCGGCUUACCUGAUCGGCAAAACCGCUUGGGUUUAUUUGAGCUCCACUCGGUUUAUAGCACUUUACGCAUAAUCUUAGCUUGAUUCCACGCCUGAUUUGUAUUUGUAUGUGCGGGCAUACCGAGCGGCUUUUUUGUCGAACAUAAUCUACAUAAUAUAUCUGAUUGUACCGCCUCGUCGCGUUGUGCUCAGCCAACCCUUACUGAUUGGAUGUCAUCGGCGAAUAAGUACAAAUUUAUUGCACGCUCGUUACCACGGGGCUUCAUUUUACCUGAAAUAUUUGAUCGUAAGCUUCAUCUGUCUUUUUCCUUCGGUCUAUGUUUAAAUCGUGGAUAUUUCUGAAAAUGUUUUUUCUUAUAAACGUGUCACAAUAACUGACUCAACAUUGUAUUGCGAUUAUUUAUCAGAAGAUAUCUUAUCAGAGAGCGAUUACCAGAAUUUCAAUAGCCGGUCUGUUGUAGUUUAUUUGUGUUAAGUAAAUAGUGAGUUAUCAGCAUAAUUCCUAGCAGUUAGUCACUUAUCUUUUUGCCUUAAAAACUGCUCAUUAUCUAAUGGCACAUUAUAUUGUAGGGGAUUUAACAAAUCGAUCUUCGAAGAUCUUUGAAAGAACGGUAAUAAUAAUGAAUUAUUAUCAAACGUAAAGUUGUGUUUAUUUCUAUACAAAACUACUCGAUUUAGGUUUUUGAGGCAUUGAUGACUCACUGUUUUUACCAUGACAACCUCUUAUAGGUAUACCGUUUCACUGAGAUGGCUCGUUAGAUAGGUUGCGGAUUGCAGGAGGGUGACAGUUGAGUAAAAAUCAAGGAAUUAAACCCUUGCUGUCACACUCCGACAACCCGCAGUCUAAUGAGCGGUGUAGCGCAAGCGGUAACCUAUAGCAAAAAAAUAUAUACACGAUGACAUUUUUGUGGUUUUAUAGUCGUGGUUAAGUGAAUCGCCUUAAGCAGUACCAACCAUUUCGAUCAUUUAUGUUUAGUUUAAAAAAAAAAAUUGAUUCGUGAAAUUAGUAUGGUUUGGAAAAAUUCGCGAACCAGUAUUACUACCCCGCCGCGUCGCUCUGUCUCAGAACAGCAGCGCGGUAUUCAUUGGCGCUCAGCCACUACUAAUGUUUCUCACAGAUUCGAGUUUGUGUCAAGAUAAGCAUUUUUUUAUCAAAAAAAAAAGUUCCUAGUUUUCCAAAACAAAUAAGUAAUCAAAUAACAAUAAAUACUGCUUAAAGCGAUUCACUUAGGCAUGGCUCUAAAACCACUAUUUCACCGUUUAUUUUAGAAUAAUGAUCGGAAAGAGUUUGCAUAGUUUUAAACUUUUAUGUGAAAUGUAAAGAAGUGAUUUGACCCCACCAUUGAUGGUUCACCAAAGCGUAUGGCGAACUUGGUUUUGUAUUUCUUUAUUUGAGUAUUGUGCAAUGCGUUUAAGGGUGCCCGCAGACUAUAGACUUUUUAUCGGGCGAUAGUUUAGUCGGUUACUACACCAAACAUUUUGCGCCUGAUUCUGAAAAGUAUUUGACAUUUACUCAAACCACUCCUCACUUUAUCGCAACUGGUGUUAUAAAAACUAUGACGUUAAAGGCAUAAACAUGUUACUGUGUCGUGGUGUGGUGUGUAGUGACGCGAUAUAGCGAUCGAAGUCAUAUUUAUAUGAAUAAGUACGUGCGCGCUAGUUUUCCGUGGCAGUCUGACGCGUAGGCUUGAGGCACUAUCAGAUUGGCCGAUUGUCGCGUUAGACACUGCAGUAAUGUUGUCACAACGUUACUGCUUUGUUGUCUGGUUGUUCAUUACGUUAUUCUGAUUGACAAAUAAAUGAAAAAGGGAAUCGGGAGUCUUUAGAAUGGGUGAACUACGCUGGAUAACAUAAUUUGACUGUUAUUUGUUGCUUGAGUUUUUACGACGGUUAAUGUCCUCAUUUGGGACCGCAGUUUCUUUAAAAAAAUAUUGGAAAGGAAAAUUUAUAAAUUCUGACUAAGCAAGCGCCAAAUAAUAAAAAAAAACUAUCUGCCAAAUAAAAGUUUGUAGUCUGUGAAGGCUUUAAUACGCGAGCUUUCGGUAUUAUAAGUUUUAAUAUUUAUAUCUUUUAAGUGAGCUAAAAAAAUAAUAAGGCUUUCUUACCUUUGAGAAUUCAUUUGGAAAAUUAAAUAUAACGUUGCCUAAAGCUCUAAAUAAAUCUACUUUUAUAAUAUUAUAUGUAUACUGAUAACUAUAAUCAGAUCUUCAGUACUUUGCAAUUUACAACGACUUCUUUUAGAAUUUAGAUUUUAAUUUAAUUUUUACUUUACCAAAAUGAUUACUUCUGCAAGGGAUUCGCAAAAAUAAUAAGUUUAUAUUUCAAUUGAUACCAGUAAAUUUUGAUAUCUAUUGAUGAUAGUAUUAAAACGUAUUGUUUAGAUACCAUUAAAUACGUUUAAAAAAAGAGCAUCCUUGAAAACAGAUAAGAUAACGCCCUUCCGGCAUCCGUGUUUUCUGCCACUUAAAAAUUAAGUACCUUCAAGACAAGAGUGAAUAGGCGUCAUCUAGCCAAGCGUGAUCCAAUCUAAAUCUUAUUAUUACUCUUCACGAGGCACAACUUUAGUCAAGCAUAAUUUCUAAAAAUAUUUAAGUUUUAUCUCGCUGAUUGCAAAAAUAUAUUGGGAUGCAAAUAAUAUACGGUAUAAUAAAAUUAUUAUCGGUAUACAAAAUACCGGUCUGAUAAUAAUUAUCGAUAUUUUUGCGAAUCCCAUUUUGCAGGUAUAAUGUGAGAAGAGAAGAAAAAAAGAAGUGUUAUUUAUCUAAAAAUAAUAUAAAAAAUAAUGUAGUAUGUAUAAAUAGAAAAACGUUCGACUGGAUGAGUAGAAUUUCCAAACUGUAGUUAAGUAUAUAUAUCGAAAUCAUAGAUCAUUAUAGAUAGAUAGGAGUUUUCUGAAAUUUAUCAACGUUGAAAUACCUUAUCGUGCAUACGGUUUGUAGUCUAAGGGUCGUUUCACAUUGGCGACGUUACGACGCGUCUAUCACAGCGGUAUACUUUUGAAUAUUAUUUUAUUUUUGUGCCAAUCUAAUGCGGAUCUUAUUUUGUAAAGAAUGAGAUGUUUACAUUUUGCACUCUACGAAAUUGGCAUCUGGUAUGCCACCUUGUUAUAUAUAAAAAUUAAAUGUCUGGCUGUCUGACUGUUCAUUACCUAGGCGUUCGCGUACCGUUCAUUAGAUUGAUUUGAAUAAUAGUACAGUUGUUGUUGGCACUUGCGUAAAGUUUUCUGACGUAGAAUCAUGAUCGUACAAUUGAGGUGCAUUUCAAGUUGCAACUCAUGCCAGGCAUUAGCUAGUGCCUAAUAAAACAGGCAAAUUACAUGAACGAAUGAGUCGUCCUAACUUUUAAAGAAAUACGUGUCCGAUUUUUUGUGAAUUAAGAUCCGUAUUACAUUAAUCUAAGUAGAAUGCAUUGCAACGCCGCGCCACGCAUCGUCGUGUCGCUAAUGUGAAGUAACCCUUAUUUAGAUGCGACGAGCUGCGCAUGAAAAUACUGUACAGUAUUAAAGCGAAUGUUUUGAAUAAAAUGUAUUUUACUAAGUUUGUUAACGAAUGUAUCGAUACGUGUUGUCAGUAAUGGCAACGUGACAUUACGGCUCACAUGAGCGAAUUAACGCGACGACGCGAUUUUCUAAAGACUAAAAUGUCGCAGAUCAUUAAAUGACUUUAAAAUUGACAGGGAACAUUGUAAAGUCACUCUUUUAAUUAAGUUCGUCAAAACAAUAGUGGGAAAGAGAUAUUACUAUUGAAAGAGACAAAGCGAAUUUCCAACGCGACAAAAAUAUCGCUGGUACCUUUAACUAAAUUAAAAUUAGUGAAACAUAUAUUAAUCUGCAAGUCAUAGGCUGAGAUCUAUAGAUCAUACUUUGACUUUGCUCAGACCUAAGGGCCGGCGCACAUAUGUCGGAGCGCAGCGCAAAGCAUGCCCGUGAAGUUUUCUAAUCGCGUGAAUUUUUACCAAAUAAUACGCGAGCACGCGCGGCACUGCGCGCGGAUGCGCAAGUAUCCGCACGGAUGCACAAUUGAUUUUAGAUAUUAUUUCAAUGAGGAUAAUGUCGAUAAUAUUUUGACUGUGAAAAAUGCUCUGCGCUGCGCUUUGCCAUAUGUGGCCCGGCCCUUAGACGUUGUUGAAACGAAAUAGACUUAUUCCAGAGACAUCUCGUUUUAACUCUAAGCAAAAUCUGAGCAGUCUUAAUUAAGUUCUCUAGAUCUAAAACGUUAUAGAACGGAUGAUAUUGAUUUUGGUUUAUUUGUGCUGAAUGUAUGUCGCCAAUUAAUUACUUCGAUCAAUUUAGAUUUGCGUUAAUUUGAUUGUACAAUCCACUUAAUCAAAUUGGUGGAUUUAAUUUCAGAUAAGCUAUUCCUUUGGUAAAUUUACGAUGAUGUACAUGUCAUCCGCAAUUCAUCGCUUAAUUGGAAAUAAAUUUCUAUUAAGUUACAAUAUGUACUAUAUUGUAACUUAAUAGAAGUUUAAUAAAUUGAAUACAAAUACUUUGAGCGCAUACUGUUUGAAAUUUUUGAAGUGACUUAUAGUUUUUAUUUAGCCCCAGCUUCGAACAAUUUUUGUAAUUAUUUAAAGGGAUUCUACAGUGUAGAGGAAACCUACAUGCAAAAUUAGUUUGUAGAUCAAACGGUCUAUCAGUUACAGUCACCCGUAUUCAUAAUCAUUACUGUAACGUCUCACAGUGCGCUCAAAUGUAGUGUAUUGACCAAUCAGGUUAUUGAGAAUUGACGUGACACGGUUAUCUGAUUGGUGGAACCGACACUAUGCAUUCGAGCGCACUGUAAGCCGUCAUAGUACUGAUUGUGAAUACGGGGAGUUAGUUUAUCCACCAAGGAAGGAAGGAUAAGAGGUCUAAAGCUUACAUUACACUCAGUUUAUUACCUUAGCUUAUAUUAGCUUUGCCACUAAGCUAACUAAUGAAAUGAUUGCGCGUUGCGCUAAUACGCGUUUACAUCGCGUUACAUCGCUUAUAUUAUAAGAGCGUUUACACACUUCCUGAUUUAAUAAAGAUUGUGUCGGAAAUUGUGCAAGCGGAAUUCGUAGCUAAGAUAGAGGCUUCUUUAGAGAACGAUUCAGACGACAUGUAUCAUUUAUGCAUUGUAUAAAGGUUGAAAUGACAAUUGGCGUUUGAAAUGGCCUCUAGAGAAGCUCUAGCUCCUAUCUUGACUAUGAAUUCCAGCGUUAAAUAGAGAUGAAACUUGUUAAGAAUCACGCAAAUGGCUCGGACUUUGAGAACGGAAUUGUAUGUAAAGCCUAAAAGCCGAGUUCAAUAGGGAAAGAUAUGUAAAUAUUUUUACAUUUCGAAUUAAUGUUCUGAAGUGCGCACCUUACUACCUUCAUUAAUCCCUGUGCGAUGUUCUAUCGAUAAAGUUACGGUGUUCUUUGAAAAACUUGUUUUUUUUUUGUAUUUUCAUUGGUUUUUAUAAAUUAAUAACUCUCGUCUUCCUUGUAAUUCAUGUUCGCGCACAAUUCGAUUUUUAUAGCGUGUACAGACGUGACGACUUGUCAUCCGCCCGGCUACACGUGAUUGGUUGAAAGGUACAACAGGUAGGUACGGCGCUAUGGUUAGCUAAGUUUCUUUCUCUCUCGCACAUUCUAACAUUUUUAAUGAU